AUGAUUUUACUACCUGGUCUCACGGGUGGAAGUACUGAAAAGUAUAUUUGUAAUACAAUUGCUCAUUGUCAUCAAUUGGGUUGGCAAUGUGUCGUUCUGAAUGCUCGAGGGUGUGCCAAUACACCCGUUACAAGUGCUCAACUCUUUUCCAGUGGAUAUACCGAUGAUGUUCGUCAUGUAUUGACUCAAUUGAGUAUCAAGUAUCAAUUUCAACAAGAAGCAUUUCUAGGUGUGGGGUUUUCAAUGGGUGCAAAUGUCUUGGUCAAGUAUUUGGGUGAAGAAGGAUAUCAAACACCAUUAACCGGUGCUAUUUCUAUUGGAAAUCCCUUUGAAUUGACCAUUUGUUCGACGAAUUUUACGACUUCCUUGUUCAAUCGAUGGACGUAUGAUAAGGCUCUGAAUUUAAACCUUCGAGCUCUUUUUUUCAACAAGUCUAAUGCAGCAAAGCAGUUUGAACAUUUUCCGGGUGUGGAUUUAAAGGCUCUUCAGGCCACACGCACUGUCCGUGACUUUGAUGAGAACCUCACGAAACAUGUCUUUCAUUAUGACACGGUGGAUGACUAUUAUACCGAUGCAGGAUCUGUGAAAAAACUUGGUGGCGUUUGUGUACCAUUGCUCUGUAUCAAUGCUGAGGACGACCCUAUAAGCGUUAACUUGGCUUUGCCGACGGAUGACCAAGUCAAAGCGAAUCCAAAUGUCAUUCUAUGCACGACCAAGUCUGGUGGCCACUUGGCGUUUUACGAGAGUUCACUCAAAAAACAACUUGAGGAUCGUAAGACGGGGGACAAACAUGCAUCAGAUAUGUGGAUUGUGCACCCCAUCGCUGAGUUUGCCGAGGCUGUACGUCAGAUCAAGGUGACCACGUCUAUCUGA